GAGUUCGAGAGACAGUGGUAAGAGAGUUCUCCACAUAUUGUGACAUUAACCAAAUCUCUAUGCAAGCAUUAGUAAUUUCCAGUUGAGAACAGAAUAAAUCAUAUAAACUAGGUAGCAGAAGGAAGAUGAAAUAAUUACUUAAGAUCUUGAGAUCGAGAACAACAAUGUAUGGUGUGUCUCGGUUGCAGAGACAGUUGGCUGAAUACACUUCUUCCCUGUUUGAAGAGGGUUUUCUGGAUGAUCAAUUCAACCAGCUUCAGCAACUUCAAGAUGAAAGCAACCCAGAGUUUGUGGUUGAAGUGGUGACUCUUUUCUUUGAGGAUGCAGAGAGGCUUCUUAAUGAGCUGGCAAAGGCACUAGGCCAGGAGAGCAUUGAUUUUAAAAGGGUGGAAGCUCAUGUUCGCCAAUUGAAAGGUAGCAGCUCCAGCAUUGGCGCACAGAGAGUUCAGAAAGUCUGCAUUGCCUUCCGAAACUACUGUGAGGAGAAAAAUGUUGAAGGGUGUCUUAAAAACUUACAGGAAAUAAAACUGGAGUGUUCCUUGGUGAAAAGCAAGUUUGAAACUCUCUUCAAGAUGGAGCAGCAGCUUUUUGCCGCAGGGGGUGGGUUAUUAGGUAGUGAGUGAUACGGGGCACGGAUGUUCCAUGCAAUUUGCAAUAAGCAUAAGAAGAAAGCAUUUUUCACGUCCACUCUGUUGUAAUUUCCUCUGUUAAUUUCUUUUUAAUGGGAGAAGGACAAACUGGUUUCUAAAUUUGAUCAACUCAUUACCAUCCAAUAUUGCAAUAUCAAAACACAACUUUGCUUAUAACUUUGUCCA